AUGUUCUCACCUUCCACAUCACAAGCUCCCAUUCUCUUUGGAUCAACAAAACCCUUCACGCCUCCAGCCUGGCAAACAAAAGACGACCGCGUCCGUGGCGGCGCCUCACAGUCCUACCUCUCGCCCAUCCCGUCAAUCAACAGCGCCCGUUUCCAUGGUCAUUUGGACUAUGAUACAUUAGGUGGUGCAGGGUUUGCAAGUCAAUUCAGUCCUGUCAUCGCCCCUCCGACGCACGAUUCCUCCCGUAAUAGCAAUCCGAAUGAAGAAGAAAACGGGAACAGCGCAGAUGAUAGGUAUUGGGACCUGACCACUUAUGAUGGGAUCGAAGUGAAGGUGGACAAGGGUGGUGAUGGCGACAUGUAUACGUUUAUAUUGAAGGAUGAGGUGGAGAAAGAAAAGACACAGAAUGGGAGGGGGAGGGCGGGGAUGAGUUGGGAGGCCACAUUUCGGGCUCAUGGUAGGACUGAUAAUGAGCCCGCUCAACAUAGUGAAAAGGAGAAUGAGGAAGUCAUGGACGAGGGUGAUAACGUGUUCGUCUGGCUGCCGUGGAAUGGUUUCAAGGCCACUUACAGAGGGAAGGCAGUGGAGGAUCCUGGGACUUUGAAGAAGGAGAGGAUUAGGAGGGUGGGAUUAAUGAUGAGAAGCUAUUAUGGAAAUCAGGGUGGUGAUUUCUCGCUCAUCAUCCACUCCAUCGUGGCAAAAAAGGCACCAGCCGACAGCGCCGGGAGAUGCUCGCUCAUGUAG